AUGCGUUUAGAUGCGACAGAUUUACGUUAUUUAAGUAGUGAAGAAUUCAAGGUUCUCAAAGCUACGGAAACGGGAUCUUUAUCGCAUGAAGUCGUUCCUUCGACUUUGAUCGCAUCCACAAGUGGAUUGCAUCAUGCAGGUCUGAACAAGAUCAUGUCUGAACUGUCAAGAAGAGGGUUGAUCGCACGUGAACGGAAUAUCAAAUAUGAUGGUUGGAGGCUGACAUACGGAGGGUAUGACUGGCUUGCGAUUCGAGCAAUGCGAGAAAAGGAUGCUUUGUUGGGCGUUGGUACUCGAGUGGGAGUAGGAAAAGAAAGUGAUGUUUAUAUGGCCCAUAGACCUGGAGCAACAGCAGAAGAUGUUCCUAUACCAGCAGUUUUGAAAGUACAUCGACUAGGACGGAUAUCAUUCAGAAAAAUCAAAGAAAAACGUGAUUAUUUGGGAAAUCGUAAAUCGGCACCGAAUUGGAUGUAUUUAAGUCGAUUGGCAGCCAAGAAAGAAUGGCAAUUUAUGCAAAUCCUUCAUAAGAACGGGUUUCCGGUUCCUGAACCGAUUUAUCAAUCAAGACAUUCGAUUUUGAUGUCACGUAUUAAUGGAUACCCUUUACGACAAAUCGUUGAACUUCCAAUCGAACAAGUUGAAUCACUCUUUGCAAGUUUGAUCGCUAUCAUCGUUCGUUUAGCACGGGCUGGUUUGAUUCAUUGUGAUUUUAAUGAGUUCAAUAUUAUGGUACGCGAAGCAAAACAAGAAGGAGAUGAAGAGGAGGAAUUGGAAGAGGAUGAGAACAGCAUUUGGUCAAGAGCAAAAGCCUCACUAGCGGAAUCGCCAGAGGAUGAUGGGGAAUACAAACUCAAGCCUGGAGAGCGAAUCGAGAAAUGCAAUGGUUUCGAUCGGAUAUACUUCGACCCUAAUCUUGUGGAGCAGGAUAAGAGAGAGCAAGCCAGCGAAGAGGAGGAAGAGAGCGAGUCGGAUGGCAGCUCUGAAGGCGAAGAAGAAGAAGAAGAAGCCGAAGAAUUUGAUCAAGAAGGCACGAAUGAAGCACUACGAGUGACACUAAAAGAUGGAUCAUCAAUCGAACCAAUCCUGAUUGAUUUCCCACAAAUGAUCAGUGUCGAACAUGCAAAUGCAGAGUAUUACUUUGACAGAGACGUGGAAGGAGUGAAACAAUUCUUCAGAAAGCGAUUUAGAUUUCAAAGUGAUCGAGUACCAAAGUUCAGGGAUAUCGUUCCUGAAGAUCGACAGAAACAACGUGAGAUUCAGCUUGAUGUACAGGCACAAGCAAGUGGACUCGGCAGUUUAGAAAAGGAAGAAACUCCACUUGAUCAAUACAUGACAGCCCUUCGCCUACGAGAUGAAACAGAGGAGGACGAAGAUGAAGAGGAAGGGUCAGAAGAAGAAGGCGAGGAGGAAGAUGAGCAAGAAGAAGAGAAAGAAGCAGAAGUAUCCGAUGAGGACAUCAACUCUCGCCUACAAGGUGGAACACUAUUACCGCCUUCGAUGGUUGAGCCUACCGGACGAGGAUUAGCCCGACAAUCACGCCGAAGAAGAGGUGGAGGAAUGCCUGUUGUUGCAAGAAAAUUAAAAGGAGAAGAUGAAGAAGAUCAAAGAGAUCCAAUGGAAAUUCGAAUUGCAGCCGAAAAGCAAAGGCGAGCACGACAAGAUGCAAAACAUCAUGGCAAAAAAGCCGCUUCCGGAAAAGCAGGAAGAGCAUGGGCAGCCGGAGCGGGAAGUAAAGCUAAAACGAGCGAUAAAGCACUUUUGGAUAAUUCUAUGCAAUUUUAAUGAUUUUGUAUGUAUACUGUAUAUACCUUUAGCAAUAUAUUCAUCAUAUACAAGC